ACGCCUCCACUCAUCAGGAAUGUCAGAUGCUGCGACAAGACGACUGAUGAAAGAGCUGGCUCAACUGAAAAGUGAGGCUCCAGAAGGGCUUUUAGUGGAUAAUACAUCAACAAGUAACGAUUUGAAACAAUGGAAAAUAGGAGUCGUCGGCGCCGAGGGAACAUUGUAUGCGGGUGAAGUUUUUAUGCUGCAAUUCACGUUUGGUCCUCAGUACCCGUUCAAUUCUCCGGAGGUGAUGUUCGUCGGCGAAACUAUCCCAGCCCACCCGCACAUCUACUCAAAUGGACAUAUCUGCCUGUCUAUCCUAUCAGAUGAUUGGACACCUGCUCUCAGUGUUCAAUCCGUGUGCCUCUCGAUUCUGUCAAUGCUUUCAUCGUCAAAAGAGAAGAAACAUCCAAUUGAUGACGCUAUUUAUGUGAGAACGUGCAGUAAGAAUCCGAGUAAGACUCGCUGGUGGUUCCAUGACGACAGUGUUUGAAGGACCCCUCCAAUCUUCUUUGCUAUGUUCUCCCGCCGAAUACGUGAUACCAGAAAAUAAUUGACCUAUAAAAUUAUUUUUUUUUUCCGCAAUUACUCUUCUCCCUCUUUUUUGCCUUUUUUCAUCAUCAAUAAUCCCAUUCAACAUGCCACCUUCAAUUAUACACACCUUCUUCCUUCCUCAUCUUGUCUCCCAUGCCAUCAGUGUUUUCUGAUACGUUUUCUUUUGUUUGUGAAUUUUGUAAAUAAAAUAUGCAUCUUUUU